AUGUCUUCAGAAGUGACAAGACCACAGGCUUACCAUUCGCAGCAAGAGGGCACAUCGAAGCCCAGGAAGAAUAAAGCUCCGAACAAUCCUUUGGUCCGAGGUAUUUUCCUGUUCUGCACAGAAUGGCAGGCUCGUGGCAAUGGCAUUGGCAGUGGCAGUGGCAGGUGCACCGCAGACAACAGGGAUGGCUCGACAUGGAUUCCAGCUGCGAAGGAGGAUGGCGAGCAAGAGGCAUCAUUACCAGCGGCUCUCACCACGCUGGCUGCCGCGGAUAUGCCAAGGCGGUAUACGCUCUACCCGCCGCUCCUCCUUCUUCCGCCCAACUUCCCGACGCAGAAUCCGCAGUGGACGGCGUUCUAUCAUGCACUCAGUGAGGUUGACAGGGUGGAACUCUUCCGAUGCAUCGCUGAAAAGGGGUUCAAGGGCAUGGGUGUCUCGCGGGUCGCAAUCAAUGCGCCUAUUGCGGCCGAGGUCGAUAAAGACCAAGACGGCGCUGACGGUGUCGGCGAUGUCAAAGAGCCUGUAGACGUCACGGUGCAGGAUCCUACGGCCAAGGAACAAAACGUUCUUCGCUGUCCUUCAGGUCUGGUCCCGGUGUACGGUGACUGGGGUGCCAUGCCCGACGCCACCCAGCAUCGAGACAGGAUACUACACCCGACGGCUAAGGAUUUCGACGAGGCUUUCUGGACAUCCACGUCACAGCACCAAGGGAUUUUGCAGUGUUGGGCGCCAUUAUACACAAUGUUCAGUCGGGGGAAUAUCUCUGAGAAAGCACGGAUCCUGGGACUGCAGUCACAUUUCCCCGGCCUGGGUCAGUCUGAGUUGCAUCAGCCGGUUGGCGACGUCGAUGUGGUCGAUUUCUACGUUGGCAUUGGCUAUUUCGCAUCGUGUUAUCUUGCUCGAGGCGUGCGACGAGUUUACGGGUUCGACCUCAAUCCAUGGAGUAUCGAAGGGCUGCGGCGGGGCUGUGAGAGGAACGGAUGGAGGUGCUUGAUCGUCAGAAUCGGUGAGGCAGGGACUCUGCAAGGACAGGGAGCCAUCAGGGAACUGGUGGAGGAGAUUGAAAGAGGCGACCAAACAGGUAAUCCGGAAGGAGUCGUCAGAUGCGUGGCCUUCCUGGGAAAUAACAAAUGGGCGUGGAAGGUCCUCGAGGAGAUGCGACACGGAUAUGGACGUGUUGACAAGGACAAGAGGAAGACGGGACUGCGGUUGAAUGUCAGACAUGCGAAUCUUGGACUCCUUCCCUCUUCAACAGCCAGUUGGCCGGAUGGCGUCAAGGUGGUAACGGGUUUGAACGAAGAUGCAUCAGGCGGAUGGUUGCACGUCCAUGAGAACGUCGAUGUCCAGCAGAUCAAGGCAAUGGAAGGGAAAAUUGUGAGAGAAAUUGAUGUACUGGUACAGCGAGAAGCUCCAUAUCCUUACGCAGUUUCUGGUGCACAUGUUGAGCAAGUCAAGACGUAUGCGCCUGGCGUUAUGCAUUGUGUGUUUGACAUCGAGAUCAAACCCAAUGGCUGA